AUGGAGCCCUUUUCUGAUCAAUUUAUGGAAUUCCACCCUGUCCAUGGAACCAACGUCAGGUUGGACCACUCACAAACCCAAGCCACCAGGGUAGAGAGCUUUGCCAACGGGGUAUGUUUCAGCAAACACCCGUUACACCCUGGAGAGAUUUUCCUGAUAGAAAUUGAAGACAAGGAGCUGGGAUGGUGUGGGCACCUCCGGAUUGGCCUGACCGCCAGGGACCCCAGGACCCUGGAAGUAGUACCUGAAUAUUCCCUGCCAGACCUAAUGGACUUGGGCGACAGCUGGAUCUUCGCCAUAACCCGUAACCACAACAAGAUCAUAGAGGAACUGGAGGCUGCAGCCGGGGGUGAAAGGGCUGGAGAGGAAGUGCUGGCUGGAGGGAGGAGGCUAGGGCGUGGGGAGGAUGAUGAGGAUGAACACAACCAAAGCAAAACCAAGACCUUCUUCACAGACUCACACCUGUACAUUGAGAACGUUCGGAUCCCCAGAGACAAGCUGGUGGGUCGGAGCCGGCCUGGACGCUUCAGCCAUAUUUUGGACGACUUGUACAAGACCAACACCCUGCCGCCUACUGCCAGACGCAGCCGGAUAGGAGUGCUGUAUGUGCCUAAAGGGCAAGGCUUGGCUGACAUGCACAUCGUCAUCAACGGGGAAGACAUGGGAGCUUCUGCAAGGGGGAUUCCCACCAUCCAGCCCCUGUAUGCUGUGGUGGACGUCUUUGCUGCUACUAAAUGUGUUCGAAUUGUCCAGGUGGAGUAUGGAUUCUCCUCCUUGCAAACGUUGUGUAGGAAGGCCAUUCAGAAGCACAUAGUCCACAGGAUGGCCAUCGACUGGUUGGAGCUGCCAGAGACACUCAAACACUACUGCAAAUAUGAAUGA